AUGGAAUUGGCGAUGGCUGAUGAAGAAGAAUCUGAAGAAUUGGUGAUGAUCGCCGAAAAGGCCAGGUCAUUGUUGAACAGGAGCGAACGUCAAGUUCUCAGCCACUGUUGCCAUUCGUACCUUUCCGGCCGGAUGGGUGUCCAUCACUUUGUCGACUCCCUGCUCCGUCUACUACCCACUCCCGACAAGGCCACUUUUCUGGUCGAGUUGCGUGAAUUGGUGCGUGAAGAAGACCACGACGAGUACGACUACAGAGUCUUUACCGUCCCCAACCGGCCCUUCCGCUCCAUCCAGUUCCAGAGCGGUAAUAGCCUGGAUUAUGAGCAAUCGACUGAAUGUCUUUUGCAGGUCGAACGCAACGCUCCUAGUGGCAAUCAUCAUUCUUAUUAUCAAAACUACCAGUUACUUUCGCAAAGUAAUUCAGCCAACUGCUCGCCUGACAUCAGAGAAUCCAGCCGAGCAGCAAAGCCGUUAAAGGCGAGGGGCUUUGAAUCUCCGACGCAAGUUGUCGGCACGUCGAUCCAGCCAUCAGCGGCGCAACCCUUCCGGGCUGGAUUGAAAGAGACCAACAUGCCCAUGAUGCCGAUUGAUAUGACGACCGCCUUUCCCACCUCUUCUGCCUUCAAACCUUUGAUUGCCUCGUCGAAUAACGUCAAAAAGGAAUCCUUUGCUGAGCAGCAAAAUGGUGGAGCUCAGAUCAAACAAAAGCAACUGCCGACGAAUAAAAGUACAACUGGGCGUACCGGGUGCAGGCUGCCGGUAUCGGAUGACGAACCGAUGGAGGUCGUCAUUCGGAAAAGCAAGAAAAUGUUAGGCGUGGCCAUCGAAGGAGGAAUCAAUACGCGCCACCCUCUGCCUAGAAUCAUCACCAUUGAUGGCAAAGGAACGGCGUUCGAAGCUGCUGGUUUGCGCAUAGGGCAAACCGUUCUGCAGGUGGACGGAAUCCAGACGGAAGGUUUGACUCACGAAGAAGCGGCUCGCCUAAUCGCCAAUUCUUACGCCGACCGGAGCGUGCCUGAAUUGAAAUUGCUUAUGAGCCCAAGCACUUUCCGCCCGAAUGCUAACUAUCAACCGGAGAAUUGAUGAUGGAAUUUUUUCCCCAUACGGUCCAACACUCCAGACAAAAUCCGCUUCUGCCAAAAUUCGUAUCGGCACCGUGUUUUUUUAUUUUUAUAGCCAGGAAGGCAAAUCCCAAGUGCUUUUUUUGAAAACCAAAUACCUGUUUAAAGAACUAAACAACAACAACAAAAAAUACACAUGUUUUCUUUUUAUUCUGCCUUUGGAAACAGUGUUAGUUCACUAGAGGGUGCUGGCUAUCUUUAAAAACUAUUAUUGUUAUUAUUCUUUUUCAAAAUAAAUGUUUGCAUUUGUUGUCCUGUCAUGAGCAAUUCAUAUUUUAUUUUGUGAAUUUCAAACGUUUGUAACUCCCGUGAAGUGGCGUUCUUGUUAGAACCAUAAUUUUCGUCUUUGUCUUUUUGUCUUUCGUCGACCAUUCUGCCUUGUUGCUUGACAUCCUGUAAAUUUCCCGAUAGGGAUUCUGUUAAAAGUGUUUCCUCUUGUUUCUCGAUAUGGAUUCGAUCAAAAGUGGAACCUCUUAUUAUGUCACACCCAACUCGAUUUCGAUCCAACUUUAUCCCAUAAUUCUCCCAAUAGAUGGCGUACUGAUUUCUAAAGUGCCGGCAUCAAGUGCCGGUUCUAAAUUUUCAAGUCAGUCUGUUUUUCACGAAGAUAAGAAAAAGUCGGGCGUUUAAAAAUAAGCGAGAUUUUGGCUCGAAAACGAUAGAUCAACGUGUUUACGUACAUAUUGACUUUCGUUCUAUAGACACUAACAAACCCAACGUCGAAAUCAACUUUCUUAGUUUUCAUAUAUGUGUACAACAACCAUACAACCAAAGUAAGAUGUUUUUUUAUACAAAAUGUGGCAGACAUGGAUUAGUUAACAUAGUUAUUUGAACCUUUGAUUGUCGAAAGCAGGACAGCUGACUGUCUGUCAGACAUGUAAGUGUGUGAUUUUCCAGGAAGAAUUUCUAGCAGCACAUCAUCUUUAAUUUUAAAAGACAUCCUGUACACCUUGUCAAUUAAAAUGUUUUAAAAUCCUACUUGUAGAUUAACACAACUGCAAGCAAGGAUCAGCUUCAGGGUUGAGAGCACUCAACAAAUACAACAAUAAUCCCAUA